ACCGGCUCGGGGCCCUUUGUGCGCAUGCGCGCUCGCGCUCCCGCCCUGUCCCUGCGCUCGGCUGAGUCAGUCAGUCAGUCAGUCGGAGUCUGUCCUCGGAGCAGGCGGAGUAAAGGGACUUGAGCGAGCUAGUUGUCGGAUUAUUCUAUUUCCCCUCCCUCUCUCCCGCCCCGUAUCUCUCUUCACCCUUCUCCCACCCUCGCUCGCGUAGCUAUGGCGGAGCCAUCGGCGGCCACUCAGUCCCCUUCCAUCUCCUCGUCGUCCUCCGGAGCAGAGCUGUCCGCGCCCGGCGGCGGCGGGAGCCCAGGAGCCUGCCCCGCCCUGGGGACGAAGAGCUGCAGCUCCUCCUGUGCGGCCAGUUUCCCAGAGCAUCCUGCUUUGCUUUCAAAGAAAAUUGGUCAAGUGGAAGAGCAAAUAGAUAAAGAGACCAAGAACCCAAAUGAGGUAUCAAGUAGGGAAGCUAAAACUGCAUUGGAUGCUGAUGACAGAUUCACCCUGCUAACAGCCCAGAAACCACCUACUGAAUACUCUAAGGUAGAAGGCAUUUAUACAUACUCUUUGUCCCCAUCCAAAGUUUCAGGAGAUGGUGUUAUUGAAAAGGAUUCCCCUGAAUCACCAUUUGAAGUAAUUAUUGACAAAGCAGCAUUUGACAAAGAAUUUAAAGACUCGUAUAAGGAGAGCACAGAUGAUUUUGGUAGCUGGUCUAUGCACACUGAUAGAGAAUCAUCGGAAGACAUUUCAGAGACUAAUGACAAGCUUUUUCCACUGAGAAAUAAAGAGGCAGGACGUUACCAAAUGUCUGCAUUGCUCAGUAGGCAGUUUUCACACACAAAUGCAGCACUGGAAGAGGUGUCUAGAUGCGUGAAUGAUAUGCAUAACUUUACUAACGAAAUACUGACUUGGGAUCUGGUUCCCCAAGUGAAACAACAGACUGAUAAAUCUUCUGACUGCAUCACAAAAACUACAGGACUUGACAUGAGUGAAUAUAAUUCAGAAAUUCCAGUUGUAAAUCUUAAAGUUAACACUCAUCAGAAAAUUCCUGUAUGUUCUAUUAAUGGGAGCACUCCCAUCACUAAAUCAACAGAUGAUUGGACAGAAGCAUCUCUCCUGCAAGAAAAUGCUAUCACUGGAAAACCUAUACCUGACUCUUUCAAUUCCACAAAAGAAUUCAGUAUCAAAGGUGUGCAAGGCAAUAUGCAGAAACAGGGUGACACACUUGCAGAGUUACCUGGAUCUCCACCUGAGAAAUGUGACUCUUUGGGUUCUAGAGUGGCCACAAUGAAAGUGGUUUUACCUGAUGACCACCUGAAAGAUGAAAUGAACUGGCAGAGCUCUGCAUUGGGAGAAAUCACAGAAGCUGAUAGUUCUGGUGAGUCUGAUGACACAGUAAUAGAGGACAUCACAGCAGAUCUAUCAUUUGAAAAUAAGAAAAUUCAAGCUGAAAAACCUGUUUCCAUUCCAAGUGCUGUUGUAAAAACAGGUGAAAGAGAAAUCAAAGAGAUUCCCAGUUGUAAGAGAGAAGAAAAAACAUCUAAAAACUUUCAAGAGUUGGUCAGUGACUCUGAGCUGCAUCAAGAGCAACCUGAUAUUCUUGGAGGGAGUCCAGCUAGUGAGGCAGCAGAAGUACCCAAUAUAAGUGUCUGCUUAGAAGAUGUGAGUGAAGUUGCUCCUGAAAAGCCUGUUACUACUGAGAACCCCAAACUUCCUUCAACAGUGUCUCCAAAUGUUUUUAAUGAGACAGAAUUCUCAUUAAAUGUGACAACGUCUGCCUACUUGGAGUCAUUACAUGGGAAAAAUGUUAAACAUAUAGAUGAUUCCUCCCCAGAGGACCUGAUAGCAGCCUUUACAGAAACCAGAGAUAAAGGAAUAGUAGAUAGUGAAGGAAAUGCCUUUAAAGCAAUAUCAGAGAAGAUGACAGACUUUAAAACAACUCCUCCUGUAGAAGUCUUACAUGAAAGUGAGUCCAGUCGUUCUGAAAUUAAAGGCAUUGAAAGCAAAUACAGUGAACAAAGCAAAGAAACAAAUGGAAGUGAGCCUCUAGGUGUUUUCCCUACACAGGGUACUCCAAUAGCAUCUCUUGACUUAGAACAAGAACAGCUCACAAUUAAGGCUCUUAAAGAAUUAGGUGAAAGACAGGUUGAGAAAUCAGCUUCUGCACAGCAUGACGCAGAAUUGCCUUCUGAAGAAGUACUGAAGCAAACUUUCACGUUUGCUCCAGAAUCUUGGCCACAGAGAUCAUAUGACAUCCUAGAACAUAAUGUCAAGAAUGGAUCCGAUCUUGGGAUUUCCCAAAAACCCACUACUAUCAGAGAAACUUCUAGGGUAGAUGCUGUUUCCAGCCUUAGCAAGACUGAAUUGGUAAAAAAGCAUGUCCUAGCAAGACUUCUGACAGACUUCUCAGUGCACGAUCUGAUUUUCUGGAGAGAUGUGAAGAAGACUGGGUUUGUCUUUGGCACCACGCUGAUCAUGCUGCUUUCCCUGGCAGCUUUCAGUGUCAUCAGUGUGGUUUCUUACCUCAUCCUGGCUCUUCUCUCUGUCACCAUCAGCUUCAGGAUCUACAAGUCCGUCAUCCAAGCUGUACAGAAGUCAGAAGAAGGCCAUCCAUUCAAAGCCUACCUGGAUGUAGACAUUACUCUGUCCUCGGAAGCUUUCCAUAAUUACAUGAAUGCUGCCAUGGUGCACAUCAACAGGGCCCUGAAACUCAUUAUUCGUCUCUUUCUGGUAGAAGAUCUGGUUGACUCCUUGAAGCUGGCUGUCUUCAUGUGGCUGAUGACCUAUGUUGGUGCUGUUUUUAACGGAAUCACCCUUCUAAUUCUUGCUGAACUGCUCGUUUUCAGUGUCCCAAUUGUCUAUGAGAAGUACAAGACCCAGAUUGAUCACUAUGUUGGCAUCGCCCGAGAUCAGACCAAGUCAAUUGUUGAAAAGAUCCAAGCAAAACUCCCCGGAAUCGCCAAAAAAAAGGCAGAAUAACUACAUGGAAACCAGAAAUGCAACAGUUACUAAAACACCAUUUAAUAGUUAUAAUGUCGUUACUUGUACUAUGAAGGAACAUACUCAGUGUCAGCUUGAGCCUGCAUUCCAAGCUUUUUUUUUUUAAUUUGGUGUUUUCUCCCAUCCUUUCCCUUCAACCCUCAAUAUCAAGCACAAAAAUUGAUGGACUGAAAAAGAACUAUCUUAGAACUCAGAAGAAUAAAGAAAGAAUCAAAUUCAUAGGAUAAGUCAAUACCUUAAUGGUGGUGGAGCCUUUACCUGUAGCUUGAAAGGGGAAAGAUUGGAGGUAAAAGAGAAAAUGAGAGAUAGAACACCUCUGGAUCCUUCUAUCCAGUUUUCAGCACUAGUCUUACUCAGCUAUCCAUUACAGUUUUACCCUUAAGUAUGAUUAACUUAUGAAAAAAUUAUUUGGGGACAGGAGUGUAGUAUCUUCCUUGGUUUUUUUUUUUUUUUUUCGCAAUUCUCAAAUCCUAUCUUCCUGCCCCACAAUGUGAGCAGCUACUCCUGGUAUUCCUUUUCUUUAAUGAUUUAACUUUCAACUUGAUGAAUAACUUAUAGGUGAUAGUGAUAAUUCCUGAUUCCGAGAAUGCCAUCUGAUAAAAAAGAAUAGAAAUGGAAAGUGGGACUGAGAGGGAGUCAACGGGAAUGCUGCGGUGGCCGCCACUCCCUCUGCCACUAUCCCCAGGGAAGGAAAGACUCUGCCAUUUGGGAAAGUGGUUUCUAUGUCACUGGACACCAGUUCUGAGCAUUAGUUUGAGAACUCAUUCCUGAAUGUGCUUUCCUCCCUCUCCCCACCUCACCUUAAGUUUAAUAAAUAUGGUUGUACUUUUCUUAUGAUAAAAUAAAUGUCUGUAACUGCUGUACACUGCUGUAAACUUGUUAGAGAAAAAAAUAACCUGCAUGUGGGCUCCUCAGUUAUUGAGUUAUUGUGAUCCUAUCUCAGUAUGUGGGGGGAACAUUCUCAAGAGGUGAAAUACAGAAAGCCUUUUUUUCUUGAUCUUUUCCCAAUUCUUCUCUUGAUCUUUUCCCGAGAUUCAAAUCUCCGAUUCCCAUUUGAGUUUUUUUCUUCACCUUCAACAUGAAAAUUCAGCGAACUUGAACGAAAAAUCAUCUGUGAGUUCCUUCAGGUUCUCACUCAUAGUCAUGAUCGUUCAGAGGGAAUAUGCACUGGUGAGUUUAAAGGACUAUGAUAUUUGAUAGUCCCAAAGUACGGCAGCUGCAAAAAGUAGUGGAAGGAAAGUGUCUUUCCACGUUUUGGAAAAAUUAGUUAGGAAUUUGGAUGGGUAAAAGGUACCCUUGCCUUACUCCAUCUUAUUUUCUUAGCCCCCUUUGAAUGUUUUAACUGGUUUCAUGUCCUAGUAGGAAGUGCAUUCUCCAUCCUCAUCCUCUGCCCUCCCAGGAAGUCAGUGAUUGUCUUUUGGGGCUUCCCCUCCAAAAGACCUUCUGCAGUGGAAGCGCCACAUCCAGUUUUUCUUUUGUUGCUGCUGUGUUUAGGUAAUUGAAGAGAUCUUUGUGCCACACAGGAUUUUUUUUUUUUUUAAGAAAAACCUAUAGAUGAAAAAUUACUAAUGAAACCCUGUGUACGUGUCUGUGCGUGCAACAUAAAUACAGUAGCACCUAAGGAGCUUGAAUCUUGGUUCCUGUAAAAUUGCAAAUUGAUGUGGUAUUAAUAAAAAAAAAAAAAAAACA